GUUGACGCAAUAUAAACUGCAAGGGAAAAUCGACAUUGUCGGCACAAGCCAUAGUACAGUUGAAAUCAAGGAUUGCAGAAGAAAGGUUUACUUAAUUCUAACUCUGACGCAAACUUGAGUUCUAUUUCUAAUUCAUACAUCACCUAAAGUAAAAAAAAAACAGUAAAUAUGUCUGAUAAACCAAAGCGUCCUCUAUCCGCAUACAUGCUAUGGCUCAACAGUGCACGCGAACAAAUUAAGCGCGAAAACCCAGGUAUUAAAGUGACUGAAGUCGCGAAAAAGGGCGGAGAAUUAUGGCGUGCAAUGAAGGACAAAUCGGAAUGGGAAGCAAAAGCUGCAAAAGCCAAGGAGAAUUACGAAGAUGCCGUAAGAGAAUUUGAAGCGAACGGCGGUAGCUCUGCAAAUGGCACCACCAAGAAGCGUGGUAAGGCGGCGAAAAAACCCGCCAAAAAGAGCAAGAAGGCUGAAUCUGAAGACGAUGAUGAUGAUGAAGACGAAGAAAGCGAUUAAUUUUAGAUGAUAUACUAAAUAAAUCAUAAACACAUCAUUUCAAUAUACAGUAAAAAGAAGACCAGCUUGCCCAUCUGUAACCAUGUCUAUAUAUUCACACUACAUCUAUAUUCAUAUAGUAUAUGUCGUAAAAAAGUUGAUUUUUUUAAACAAAUUUGCACACAAUUUCAAGUACAUGAAAAACAGUAAAAGAGAAAUGCAUUUAUGAUAUAAAAAGUCUUUAGUUGUAGUAAAAGUCAUAUGCAAAGUAAUGUAACAAAAAACAUUUAAUUUAAUAUUAUAUACUUAAAUAAAAAAACUUAUUACA